GAGCCGGGACCGCCACUCAGGUGACGGGAAUAUCACUGAAGAGGGUCAGUUACCCGAGCUCGCAGUCUAACGGUCCUACCUACGAUCUGCGAGCACAGGGCAGCCCAGCAGAGACAAUGCAGAACAUUGGGAACCAGCUCCGGCGGGGCCUCACCUCCAUAUUCUCAGGCCGGGCAUCCCGGAAGCAGGCUGCCCAAGGCCGGGACCCAGCUGGCACCAUGGAGACCUACAGGAACCCAACAGAGGUACAGAUGAGCCAGCUGGUGCUGCUAUACCACACAAACCAUCGAGGGGAGCUGAGUGUGGGUCAGCUGCUGAAGUGGAUAGACAUAACCGCCUGUCUCUCAGCUGAGAAACAUGCAGGCUGCCCAUGCGUAACGGCCUCGGUGGAUGACAUCUAUUUUGAGCACACCAUUAGAACCGGACAAGUGGUCAACAUAAAAGCCAAGGUGAACCGGGCCUUCAACUCUAGCAUGGAGGUGGGCAUCCAGGUCACCUCGGAGGACCCUUGCAAUGAGAAGCAGUGGAAUGUGUGCAAAGCUCUGGCCACAUUUGUGGCCCAACGAAACUCUUCCAAGGUAAAGCUAAAACAGAUCUUGCCGCUGACAGAGGAGGAAAAGGUGGAGUACAGCGUGGCAGCAGAGCGUCGAAGGAUGAGGCUGGUGUACACAGAAACCAUCCGGGACCUACUGGCCAAGAGCGUCAUUCAAGAUGAUCUGGAGAGCAGAGACUGUAGCAGGAUGGUACCCGCUGAGAAGACCCGAGUGGAGAGUGUGGAGUUGGUCCUACCCCCCCAUGCCAACCACCAGGGCAACACCUUUGGUGGCCAAAUCAUGGCCUGGAUGGAGAAUGUGGCCACCAUUGCAGCCAGCCGUCUGUGCGGGGCCCAUCCCACCCUGAAGACAAUCGAGAUGUUCCACUUUCGUGGCCCAUCCCAGGUUGGGGACCGGCUGGUGCUCAAGGCCAUUGUCAACAAUGCCUUCAAGAACAGCAUGGAGGUUGGGGUGUGCGUGGAAGCUUACCACCAGGAGAUGGAGUCUUGCCGGCGGCACCUCAACAGUGCCUUCAUGACUUUUGUGGUCUUGGAUGGAGAUGACCAGCCUAUAACCCUGCCCUGGAUUCAGCCGCAAGGCGAGGAAGGUGAGCGUAGGUAUAGGGAGGCCAGCGCUAGAAAGAAGAUGAGACUGGACAGGAAGUACAUCGUGUCCUGUAAGCAGACCGAGGUCCCUCUCUCUGUCCCCUGGGACCCAAGUAACCAGGUGUAUCUGAGCUACAAUAAUGUCUCCUCACUGAAGAUGCUCAUGGCCAAGGAUACCUGGGUCCUUACGUCAGAGAUCAAUAAGAUCAAACUCUACACCUUGGAGGAUGACAAAUUCCUGUCCUUCCACAUGGAGAUGACUGUCUACACAGACACAGCUCAAGCCUUUCUCCUCCUCUCAGAUCUGGGCCGCCGGCCUGAGUGGGACAAGCACUACCAGAGCGUGGAGCUGGUGCAGCAGGUGGACGAGGACGACGCCAUCUACCGUGUCAUCAGCACCGCCCUAGGAGGAGCUGAGUGCAAGCCCCAGGACUUUGUUGUCCUGGCCUCGAGGAGGAAGCCGUGUGACAGUGGGGAGCCUUAUGUCCUUGCCCUGAGGUCAGUCACCCUGCCCACGCACCCCAAGACCCCUGAGUAUACCAGAGGGGAGACCCUCUGCUCCGGCUUCUGUCUCUGGAGGGAAGGGGAUCAGCAAACCAAGGUAUCCUACUACAACCAGGCUACUACCAGUUUCCUGAAUUAUGUGACGACCAACGUGGCAGGGCUGUCAUCCGAAUUCAUCACCACCUUCAAGGCCUGUGAGCAGUUUCUCCUGGACAACAAGAGUGAGCUGGCCCUCAGCCUCCAAAACCUUUAGCGCCUCCUCCGCGGCCCACCCCAGCGCCGUCACCGUUGUUCAGCCUCUCCUCAGGCUCCUUCUGUCGUCUCCUACUCCGUACCACCCCUUGGAGCACAGGGCUCAGUGGAGUGGAAGGGGCAGGGGGCUGUGCUGAGCCUUCCACCCAAAUCUGUCCCUCCUGGCUAGUGAAGAUUUGUCUCCUGAUGAUGCCUGCUCCUAGGCUGUGCCCUGAGCUGGACCAUGAAGAUAGCUCAUUGCUCCAGGAUUGGCUCUCCUGGCUCACUUUCUUCUGACCUCUCUGAUUUUGUCUGUGGCUCGGGCCACUAGCAAGGCUGUGUCCAGUGGGGAGUGCGUAGUUUGGGGAUCUCCUGGCAGUCCAUCCUACAGACCUGGCCUCCACUUGGAAGAACACAGGCAGUCAGCUCCCCCUAUCCCCUUCCUACCAGCUCCAGCCGGUAUCUAAAUAAGUGGAUGUGUAGCAGCCUUGUUAAACUCAUGGCUGGGCCAAACAGAGACCCUGGUGACAGGAGGGAUGACAGCAGUGAGGACCCAGGUCCCAGCAGAGGGGCUCCAGAUCCUUCACAGGCAGGACCAGGACUAGAUGGCCAGGCAUAGCCACAUAGAUCUGUGUCAGGGCUGCCGAAUGGGCCCCCAGGGAGAACACAAAAGGGCCUAAGUCAGGUCCUAACACCCAGCAGGGCCGGAGAGCAGGGGUGUCCGAGGUGCCUUGGGAUGACUCCGGGAGGAGGGAGGGAGAGGGCAAUAGGCCCCUGGGGUGGCUUGGGAAGAGUUCCCGGUGUCAUCCAUCAUCAGCGGCCAUCAGCCAUCUGGAUCUGUGUUUCAAAGGCCUCUAAGGGAAGGAUUGUAAAUACAGUCGUUAAUUUGUAAAACACAAUAAACAGCCACCUCCUCUCUAGGCUCGGGUCUGUCUCUUCAGACGCUGUCCUCCUGCGCUCCCCCCCAGCCCCAUGCCUGCUGCCCCACCGUGGCUGACGUCAGGCUGCUGGGGGAGAUGGAGGCAGAGGUGGGAUUAGCUGGAGGCCCACCAGCCUAGACUGGGAGGCUAGAAAAUCCCAGCCCAUACUUGGAUGAAAAUCCCCUCCCAUAGCUCUCCAUCAGCCUCUAUGGAAGGUCUCCAGGGAAGGGCGGCCCACCACCUCCCAGGGCCGUUCAGUUCCUCUCUGGACAGCUCCGAAUGUUGCCUCUCCUUGGCUCUUUCCUGUUGUUCCUGAUUUGGCUUGGUUCACAGUAGGAGCUUAAUAAAUGCUUACUGACUGACAUCA